GUCAGUCAUUGAUGCGAGUGGAGCACGUGCAUCGGCCAUGGCUUGGAAGACGUUGUGCGCUGGUUAUUUGGCUGCAAGCGCCGGGUGCUAGAAACAGCCGGAGCUCCCCUUACAGACAGAGGGAUCGUGGGAGCGUGUGUGUGUGCGUGUUUGUGUGUGUGGAAGUCUCGGUGCAUUUAGAUGCUACAUGGGCUGCAACUGGAGCUGCUGCUGAUGCGGGUGAAUAAUGCAGUCAGGGGGACGGAGUUUGGACAGCAUGCAGGGAGCGAGAUUAAUAAUGCAUCCUGCGAGGUUACAGGCUCUGCAAUAGUUAGUUUUAUUGGAACCUGUAGCUGCCUACUGUCUGCCUGCCUUCUUCACUUACUGACUCUCCACCUACAUUGCUGCCUGCUCGCCUUUCUACCAGACUGGCAGACUGUCUGACAUAUUCAAAAAAUGUCUCACCACCAUUUCAUCAAAUGUUGUUGUUUCCAGCUAUGUAAUGUCUUUCGUCAGAACAUGGAGAUAGACCAGUGUCUCCUGGAGUCUCUUCCCAUUGGCCAGCGCCAGCGGCUGGUCAGGAGGAUGCGCUGUGACCAAAUAAGGGCGUACUAUGAGCGGGAAAAGAGUCUUCAGCGCCAGCAAGGUGGAAUCAAAGUUCGAGCCCUGUCCACCCACCACAAGAAGCUCCAUGUCUGCUUCAACCGCUCCGAUGUCAUUCAGGAUGCCAUUAUUCGCCAUGACGACAAAGAAGUGUUGCGUCUCCUGAAGGAGGGAGCAGACCCCAACAGUCCCGUUUCUUCUGACGGAUCCUUGCUACACUUGUGUGCUCGACAUGACAACGUGUUUGUGGCAGAGUUGCUGAUUGAGCGAGGCCUGAAUGUCAACUUGCAGGACGAAGACCUGUGGACUGCCCUGCAUGUAGCGUGUGCAUGUGACCACGCGGACGUUGUGCUACUGCUACUGCUGGCCGGCGUGAAUGUUAUGCUGCAGGACGUCAACGGAAAUAUUCCUCUUGACUACGCCUCUGAGGGAACCGAGAGCAGCUAUAUCCUACGUAAACACCUGGAGGAGAAUGGUGUGGAUGUGUCCUCUAUACAUGCCAUGAAAACACAGAGAGCCAGCACCAUGUUAUCUGAUGUCAGACAGCUUAUAGCUGCAGGCGUCAGCCUGAACCAUCCCAAUGAUGACGGGGUCACGCUGCUCCACAUAGCAUGUGCCAGUGGUUACAGAGAGGUGGCUUCUGUGUUGUUGAAGAGCGGAGCGGACCCUGAAGCUGCUGACAAAAGCUUCUGGACACCUCUCCACCUGGCUGCCAAAUACGGACAGACAAGCAUCGUUAGUCAGCUCCUGCGACACGGAGCGAACCCGACUUUGUUGAACCGCAACCAAGACAAGCCCUCAGACAUAGCUGCUUCAGAUCCUAUAGCUGAUAUGCUUUUGAAAGCAGAGGAGAGCUGGCUGCAGAGACUGAAGGACCCCUCAGUUCCUCUGCCAUCCACAGACCAACGCUACGAUGGGGGAUCGCACGAUCUCAACACUCCUGUCAAGAACUUGAACCCCUUGGGUCUUUCUAUCUCUAAGCGGGACAGUCUGCUUGAAAAAUGUGCUAUGUUCAGAGAGGCUGGCGGAGCACUGACCGGACAGUCAUCCCAGAACAAUUUACUAGAUGGCCCCUUUAGCUCUGCAACCAACAAACUGGAACAUGUCAAGCUGAUGCCUCCGGCUCCAAAUGACGACUUGGCAUCGCUCAGUGAGCUGACGGACAGUAGCCUCCUAUAUGAGAUGCAGAAGCGCUGUGGCAACGACCAAAUCUAUACAUACAUUGGACACAUCCUUUUGCUGGUUAAUCCAAACAAAGAGCUGCCCAUCUAUUCCACUUUGGUGAGUCAGUUGUACCUGAGCUCCACGGGUCGCCUGUGUUCCUCCUUGCCCCCUCACAUCUUCUCCUCGACAGAAAGAGCUUACCACAUGAUGCUGCAGGAGAGACGGCCGCAGUGUUUCAUCUUAAGUGGUGAAAGUGGUUCUGGGAAAUCAGAGGCAUGUAAGCACAUUGUGAGACACCUGACGGCCCGUUCCAACCCAAAAGGCUUUGCACUGGAUCCCAGAAUGAAACACGUAAACUGUAUUCUGGAGGCUUUCGGUCACGCAAAAACACAGAGGAACAACAGCUCAAGUCGGUUCAUCAAACUAUUGACUGUUCAAUACUGUGAAAAGAGGAAGACACCACUCAGAGCCCGCGUACACACGUACAUGCUGGAGAAGUCCCGUCUGGUCCAAAUUCCUCCUCAACAACACAACUUCAGCAUCUUCUAUCUCAUGGCUGAAGGCCUGUCACCUGAGGAGAAAAGCCCACUUUACCUCAACAAUGUCCUGGCUCAUAGGUACGUUAGUAGUGGAUUUCCACGGGAGAACCCUCCAGUAGCUAAAGCCUGUGCACAGAGCAGGGAACGCCUCGCAGCUGUCAAACAAGCCCUGCACGCUCUGGGCUUCAACAAGCAGGAGGUUGACUCAGUGUUUAUGCUGCUGUCCGCUGUGCUCCAUAUUGGGGAUCUACAUUUUACUGCAUUGACAGAAGCCGAUACAGCCUUUCCUUCUGACCUGCAGCUGUUGGAGAGAGUUGCUGCGUUAUUGCAGGUGUCCACCAACGACCUAAGCACAGCCCUCACAUCUGAUGUCCAGUACUUCAAAGGUGAUGUGAUCACUCGGCGCCACACAGUUGAGAUGUCAGAGCAGUACAGAGACCAGCUUGCCAAGGCCAUCUAUGGACGCCUCUUCAGUUAUCUUGUCAAUAGUAUCAACGACUACCUUCAGGGACAGGAUGACAACAUUAGUGAUCCUGCCUUGGAGAUUGGGAUCUUGGACAUAUUUGGGUUUGAAGGAUUUCAGAGGAAUGCAUAUGAGCAGCUGUGUGUGAACAUGACCAACGAGCGACUGAGGCAGUACGUCUCUGAGGUGCUAUUCCAGCAGGAGCAGACUGAGUGUCUGCAGGAGGGCAUUGCCAUGGAGACGCCACGCUCCCACAGCAACCAGCCAACUGUCCUGGACUUCUUUCUUCAGAAGCCACAAGGACUGCUGUGUGUGUUAGAUGAGGAGAGCCAGAGCCUGUGGCCAACAGAGCAGUCCCUGUACAAGAGGCUGUUAGCCCAGCUUGACUCCAAUCCCACUCACAGCCUCUCUUUCACAACUAAGGAUGGCAAUGGAAACCCCCCACCUAAAGAUCAGGGCCCAGCCUUCAUUGUUAACCACUUUGCUGGACAGAUUUCAUAUGACCUCACGGGAUCACUCACAAGAAACAAAGACCUCCUUCCCCAGAAUCUCAUGCUUACGAUGAAGUCUAGUGAGAGUGUGUUACUGCAGCAGCUCUUCCAGUCCAAGCUGACUCAGACUGGGUCUCUGGUGCCAACAGCUCAGGGCCGAGUAGGGCUAAGGGGGCCUAAAGCUGCCUUGUUACUCCACAGGAUGCCAUCAUCCUCCUUUGUCACUGCCAACUCUCUCCCUCAACAACCUCGGCGGUACCAUGACCUUACCAAGGUCCUGAAGAAGAAAGGCUCAAGCUCCUUCCUCCAGAGACUGGAACGGUGUGGGCCGAUCACAGUGGCUGUCCAACUGAGGAAUUCGCUCUCAGAGGUGCUCAGUAAACUUCAAGCCAGCACUCCCCACUUUGUGGAGUGUGUGAGUCCCAACGCCAGCGGUCAGCCAGACAGUUUUGACAGCUUCCAUGUGUCCACUCAGCUGCAGUACAUUGGGGUGCUUGAGAUGGUGCGCAUGAUCCGUUAUGGAUAUCCUGUGCGCCUGUCCUUCCCAGGCUUCCUCAGCAGAUAUAAAGACCUUGUGGUCCCAACUUUGGGGGACAAGAAAAAAUUGUCACCAGAGGAGAAAUGCCGCUCAGUUCUGCAGCAGUCCAAACUCCAGGGAUGGCAGAUGGGCAGUAGUAAAGUGUUCCUGAGGUACUGGCAGGCAGACCAGCUCAACGACCGCUGCUACCAGCUUCAUAAAAAGAUCAUCACCUGCCAGAGGGUGGUGCGCGGCUGGCUGGCCAGACAGCGGGUUUAUCGCAGGCUAUCAUCGCAGCAAAAAGAGGAGUGCAGCGUGCAACAUUUCCUGCAGGGGGCAGAGGACAUGGGGCUACGGACCUAUGACCAGUUGGUCAUCCAAAAUGCAUCCGAUAUUGCACGAGAGAGCGACCGAUUGCGCUGCCAUGGCAGCAACUACAAUCGAAACACUCUCAGCAGCAGCCCGCCACUUGGUGAGAGGCCUGAGCCAGUGGGUAAAGAGGAGGAUCAGCCUGUCAGGAGGGUUGUGGAGAAAAGUGGGAAAGUCCACGAGGGCCUUGUCAGUGGGGGCAGUCGAGUUAUUCGCCACUAUCGGUCCAGCUCAGUACCUAUUCCCAUCGUCAUGGAGACAAUGACCUAUUCCUCGGCCAGUCCACCCAUCAAACCAGCGUUUCAACAGGUAGCUCAUACCAGUGAGGAUGGCGCAGGCGGGGGAAGUCUUUCAUCUCCUCGGAAGCAACCUCCUCCCAAACCUAAGCGGGACCCCAACACCCGCCUGAGUGCAUCUUAUGAAGCAGUUAGUGCUGGAUUGGUGAUGGCAACUAAAGAGAGCCCCACUCCAGAGGGCCACGGUUCACCAGCUGGAAGUCCCCCCAAGUCCCAGCUGUCCCCCACAGACCCUGCAGCUUUGUCCAAGCCCCGCCCCCAUAGUGAUGACUACACCACCAUGAGGAAGGUUCCACCCCCCAAACCAAAGCGCAGUCCCAAUACUAAACUGACAGGCUCCUAUGAGGAGAUCAAUGCUGUAGCCCCCCACCUCAAUCAGCUGCGUUCCGCUGAUGUAAAGCUGGCUUUGUUUUCCCGUGCAGGGGGAUUUGGAGGGUUUGGUGGUUUGAUGCAGAGAGCAGCCUCCAUUGACACUCCACAAGGGGUAGCAUUGAGCCUGUACCAGGGUCAUGACGACGAGGAUGUGUAUAUAGAGAUGUUGGGCUCCCAGCCACGGGCUCGGAGCCUCCAGGAACCACCUGAUAGUCCAGAAUUAGCUGCUGAUUCAGAAGCCGUCUAUGAGGAGAUGAAAUAUUUCCCCUCUGAAGAUGGUGGACCUCCUGCCUCUGUGGUUACCAAGGCAGCAAAACUGGAGGCUUUAGGCUUGAGCUUGGUAGGAUUAGGCUGCUCUCCACAGAAUGGAGAGACCAAACGGUUGGCAGCAGGGGUUUGUGCUUCCAUGGACAUCGCUCAUUCACAGAGCACCAUGUCCACCAGCAGGGCCCCUAAAGCUCAGCAUGGCAAAGAUGGCAGCUGUGACAUCCCUGCUCCCUUUCCCAACUUGCUCCCUCAUCGCCCACCUCUCCUGGUGUUUCCUCCUUCCCCUGUCACCUGCUCCCCUGCUUCAGAUGAGUCACCCCUCACUCCUCUAGAGGUUAAAAAACUGCCAGUGUUUGAGACGAACCUGAACUACGCUACUGGCCCAGACAGCCCCCUGUCCCCACAGUAUGCCCGCCAGAGGGCUGACUCCUCCCCUAGCCUCACUGUCCUUAUGCCAGAGAAGAAGUCUACACCGCCACUCACCCCUCCACCUCCGCCUCCUCCUCCCAGCGCCCCACCUCCUCCCUACAGACCUCCUUCCCACUUCCCUUUCCCACCUGAAGCCAACUUCCUGGCUCUGACACGAGCAGCAUCUGUCACAGGGAGCUCGGACGCACAAAGGGCAGGUGGGGAACCACUGGGGAAACCACCUCCUUACUCCCCAGUGAAGAUGUCUCGCCCUGAGCCUCGAAGAGCACACUCAUGCUCCUCCUCUCCCCUGCUAUUCAACCCAGCCAAUGGCAGACCACUGACCAGCCCCCUGGAUGAACUGAACACUCUGUUCAGCUCUGGACGCAGCCUGUUAAGGAAGUCCACAUCUGGCCGGAAGAUGAGAGAUGGAGGAUUCAAUUCUAAUAUCAAUCUGCCAGGGAGGGAAGAAUGUGGCUCUGCCCCGACUUCACCAUCUCUGCCGCUACAGGACAAGAACGCCAACAACCACACCCCCCACUGCCCAAUUCCCAACCCUGUAGAGAACGGCAACCAGAUCUCCAACGGGUCACUGGAAGAAGAGAGUCACAGCAAGUCAAACUCCUCCAGCUCCACCUCUUUACACAGACACAUGGACAGCCAUCAUACUCAGGUGUUCCAGCGGUUACGUCUCUCCAAUAGGAAUGAAAGUGCCACCCUGGGAGAGAUUCUGCGGUGGCGGCGUGCGCAGUGUGAGGGGCGGGGUGAGUGGAAGCACCGCCCACCACCACAAUCUCCACCCUUGCCCCCCACACUGCUCUGGACCAACAGGAAAGCCUCUCCAUAACAGAGGCCGUGUGAAGCAGUCACAUGUAUUGACCCCGAACUUACUCUCUCUCUUCAGCCAAUACUCGCACGUGCUCUUUACACUUUUUCGGGGGG